AUGAAUAAUCAAGUCCAAUUUCCAAAAAUUGAUUAAUCUCCUAGAAUAUUUUAAUCAGGAGUUCAUUCAUAAGUCAAGUCUAAUUAAAGUUUGGCGAAAUCUUGUUACAGGGAUGAAAAUGAAAUGACAGGAUAUAGAAAUUUCAAAAGUAAGUUAAUGAAUAAAUUAGAUGAGUAAAUGACAGAAAGAAAUUUUUUUAAUCCUUAAUAGUCUUUAGGAACUGAAAUAACUAUAUCACUAAAUCAAAGAGAGUGGCGAAGGAACAAUUGCAAAGAAUAGCUAUAAUAAUUUAUUGAUAGUUAUUAUGCUGAAGGUAAAAUUAAAAUAACUGUUACAUUUGAUACUACUUUAGGAGAAAGUCAAUAAAAAACAGAAAAAAAACGUUUUAAUUUAUUGAAUUUGUCUAUAAAAUAAACAGCAAUUGAUGAAGAAGAUAAAUUGUGUUAAUAAAGGAUUUACCAAUUUAAAGGAAAGUAGGAGAAUAAUCUAUAAGGUCAUAUUGAAAUGAUUAUAUAUGGUCAUUCGUUUUUUCCCUAUUUUGAAAAGUUAGUUUUGGAAGUGGGAGGAAAAAUACUAUUCAAAUAUGAUGAUUGUCUCUUAUAAAUACCUCCACCCUAAAUUAGACAAGUAAAUAUUAACGAUUUAGAUCGAUGUUUUGAUACUAUUUGCGACUAUUUAGAAAAUACUACAAUUCUUCAAAUUGAGUGUUCAUCUAAUGCAGAAGCAUUAGCAAAAUAUAAUAUUUUAAUCAAAAAAGAGGUUUAUUAAUUAAUUGAGAGAAGUUUAAAUGUUGUAUGCUGGGAUGUUGUAUAUUUGAAUUUGGAAAUAAUAAAAAUGAAAAUUUAAGUCAAUGAAUUAUUCUUAUAACAUGAUUAACUUUAUUUCUUAAUCCAAAAUAAUGGAAAAAGUAUAGUAGAAUAAUAAAAUAAACUGAAUGAAAUCCUUAAAUCAAAAGAAAUUAUAAAAAAGGAAAGUAUAACAGACAGUAUAAUAUUUUAUGAUUUGCCAGAGGAAGAAGAUAUCAUUUAGAUAAAAAUCAAUCAUCUUAGAAGAUAGUAUCCUUAGAUAAAUAUUGAAAUAUCCAAUCAUCAAACUUUAUAGGACUAAAAACUGUAGCUACAAUUUACAACAACUACUUGGUUAGUUAAAGAUUAGGAAAAAACGGAAUUUAUAAAAUAAGCCAAAGAUAUUAAAUCUAAAAUUGAAGAAAUACAUUUGCCAUACAAAAUUAUUAAAAUCCCCCAAAAUCAAAAGGUGAUUUGGGAAAACUAUCUUUCGGAAUACUUUUUAAGAUAUUCAUCUUGUUUUUCAGUACAUUCGAAUGGUGAUGAUAUAGAAAUAGCAUUAAAAACAAAUUAAGAAAAAUGGAGAGAGCUAGAAAAACAACUUAGUACUAAAUUAUAAUCAUGCACAUGGCAAAUUAUUAAAUUGGAAGCCAAACCUUUAAUAUUAAAUUUGUUAAAAAAUUGUAAGGAAAAAAAUAAAUUAUUUAACUAAGUUUUUAAAAACCUACUUUCAGAUUUUCAGGAUAAGGUUAAUAUUACCAUUAAAGAAGUAGAUGAGAAAAAUAUUUUAUGUUUAGCUGUUUUGGAUAAACAUUUUGAAAUUAAAAAAGUACAGGAGAUACUAGAAACUCAGUUUAUGGCUAAUUUGAGUGUGAAAAAACUUAAUUUACUUUACAAAGAGAGUCUUGAAUACUUUAACAUUUAAGUUCCUGAGUAAAUAUCAAAAAAUGACAUUUUUGUACAUCAAGGCAAUUUAGAUCAAUAGAAUAAACAUCAAGCAUUCUUUUUGGGUCUAAAUUAGCACCUUAAAGAAACAAACGAGUUUUUAAAAGAUUUAAAGAGUAAAUAUCAAAAUGCAUGGAUUACAUAAGAAUUUAAAGUUGAAAAUACAUUAAUUUAUAACUGUUUAUAAUCGAAAUAUCGUUUAAAAGAAAUUGAAUUAAAGCUAGGAGCAACCAUAGAUUUUACUAAAGAACCUUACACUAAUUUAAGUAAGAUUGUCAUUACAGGGUUCUAAAACUACAUAAUUGAAUUAUUAAAAUAAUUAUCUAUGUUAGAAAACAGAAUUAAAGGACUUUCUAUAGUUAAAAGUCUACCCCUUAAUAAUUAAUAAAUUAAUUAAUUAACUGCUAAGUUUUAAUAAUUGCAAUAAAUUUAAUAAAAAACAUCUAGCUAUUUUGAAUUCAAAAGUAUUACUAGUUUCAAUCCUGAAGAAUCAAUUUUGGAGAAGUUAACAUUUGAAGGAAAAGAAUUGUGUAUUGUUAAGGGUGAUAUCACCCAAAUUUAGUGCGAGGCAAUCGUAUAUUAAAUAAUGAAUGAUAAGUGUGAAUUUGGAGAAAUUGGCUUGUAAAAUCAAUAAGUUAAAAAUUUAUUAUCAAUUACUAAUAAUGAUAUAUUAAAAUUUUUCAAAGAAAUAAUGAAGGAUAAACAAUUCUUAAAUCCUGGGGAAUUAUUUUAUUACAAAGUUAAUACUGACUCCCAUGUAGAUCAUAUAUUUAAUAUUUAUCCUCCCACUUAUAGGCAAGCAAAGACUUUGGUUCGUGACUAAAAAAUAAUACAGGAAUUGAUUUAGAAUAUUUUUUAAUUGGCCAAAGAAAAGAAUAUCAAAUAAAUUGCCUUUCCAGUUAUUAGCGUUGAAAUUUUUGGUUUUUAUAUGAACAUGGCCAGCUAAAUUCUUUUGAAAGAAAUCAUAAAUUGUUUGUUUCAAGAGGAUUGUAAUAUUAAAUAGAUUUUCAUACUUGAAAAUGAUGAUUUAAGAUGUAAAAGAUUGACAUAUCAAUUAAAUCAUCUUUUAUCUGAUAACCCAUUAUAAAAGACCGAAAAUUAUGUAAAAUACUAAUGGUAAUGGUUUGAGUAAGAUCAUUUUGAAGAUUAUGACGAUUAUGAAGUUAAUAGAAAAAUUUGCAAAUUUUACACCUAAUUCGAGAAAGGUUAAGAUUAACAAUUUAAUAUAUUAUAUCCUUACAGUAAAUACCCUGGAACACAUCUAAUAGAUUUAGACAAACAACGAAUUUGGGACAAAACUCACAAUAAUUCAGAGCAAACUAUAAUUUCCAUUGAUAACUUUGGUGAGAGAAAAUACUAUAUAGAUGGAAAAUAAGUUUCUGAUGAUUUAAAUAGAUAUUUGAUAUAAUAGGAAAUCUAAGGAAAAAGAAAGUUUGAUAUAUUCUAUAAAUUCUAUGAAAUAUACCUGACUAAAGAAGGACACUACUAAAAAAAUUUGUAGUUUGGAAAUAUUAGGCCAAUAUAGUUUAUUCCAUAUGAGAACCGGAAUGAGGAAAAUGUUUUGAUUAGGUAAAAUUCUCAGUUUAAGAUUGAGAAACUUAUUGAAGCAUCUAAUAAGGAGGAAAAUGGAUCUAAAGUCAUCUUCUUUGAAAUUAAUUAACAGAAAUAAGUGAAAUAUGAUCAGGUACUUGUUCACACUCUAUAUGACGAUGAAAAUAUGGCGGAAACUAAAAUAUUGGAAUUGUUGGAAAAUACACCUAGAUUAAAAUCAAAAAUUUAAGUAACGAAUAGGAGGAGCACAGAAUAGAUAAUCUAAGUUCUUUCUCCUAAUCGAAAAAUUGUAGCAAAGAGAUAGCCACUCUAAGAUAAAAAUUGA